AUGAUUUGGAAUUUUUUUAUAAUUGGUCUUAUCUGUGUUGGUGGAGUUUUCUCCAGAAGUGUUGAUGUUGAAGAUUCGCAGAACUUCAUGACUGGAGGCCAGGAGGCUUUUGCCGGACAAUUUCCUCAUGUGGCGUCAGUGAGAAAUACUGCUAAUUUGCACUUAUGCGGUGGCUUCAUCAUCAACAAUCAUUGGGUUGUUUCAGUAGCAGGCUGCACUGCAAAUCGCACACCAGCAGACACGUGGAUCAUUAUUGGAGUACUCUUCCUUACCAGUGGUGGUAUAAAUGUCUUCACUUCCAACAUUAUCAAUCAUCCUGACUACGCGCCAAUAGGAGUCCUUAAUGAUAUCUCCCUCCUCCAAACACGUGACCCCAUAACCUUUAGUAACAUUGUUCAACCCUUAGAACUUGGAUCCACCUUCAUUGGAUCAGGCCUUCAGGCUACCUUUGCCGGAUGGGGGAGUAUUGAUCAUAAUCUUCCUUUUUACAACAACCUUCAGUGGAUGAGUUUGCUGACUAUUGGCAAUCUUGAGUGUGAAUGGCUAUUGCCAACAAUGACCAUCAUGGACAACAAUAUCUGUGCAAUCAGUCAAGUUGGUCAAGGUGUGUGCAGAGGUAACUUUGGAUCUGCUCUCUUCAUUGGAAAUAACGCCAUUGGAGUGAGUUCCUGGAUUACUGGAGGAUGUGCAAAUCGCCUUCCUCAAGUAUUUACUCAUUCUGAUGGAAAUAAUCUUGUUAAAGGAACAUCAGUUCAGUUUCCAUUCGUAGCAUCCCUGAGAACAGGAGCAUCUGUUCAUUUUUGCUCAGGAGCUAUUGUAGCAGAUCAUUGGGUUCUUUCAGCAGCUCAUUGCAUCACUGGUAGAACUCCAGCAAAUACAAGAGUUUUCGUUGGACUUGAGCAACCCACUUUCCAACCAGCUCUUCUCAGCAACGAUAUUGGCCUUAUCCGAACAAGAGAUCAAAUAGUCUUCAAUGACUUUAUUCAACCUUUACCAAUUGGAAGGGAAGAAGUUCCAGGAGGAGUGUCUGCUGUAACAGUUGGUUUUGCCGGGACUUCUGUGCAUUGGGUGUUUUCUUCAACUUUAACGAAUUCGGAAUGCAUUGAAGCCGUUGGAACGGAUCAACCUAUUUUUGAUACCAACAUCUGUGCUAUGAGUAUUGAAGACAAUUUAGUACAGACGGGAAGUGUUAUGAUGAUUGGGAAUACGGCUUCCGGUGUCUUGUCAUGGAGUAUCCCUAGACCUGGAUCUCCAGAUUUUUAUACCAGAAUUUCCUGA